AUGAGAGGGAAAAAAGGGCGAAAAGAAGGGAGAAGGCAAGAACGAAAGAACAGGAAGAAAAGUGGAAAGGGAGAAAGGGAAAAAAUUAGAAGGAGGAGAAAGAAAAAAGAAAGAGAAAAGAACGGGGGAAAAAAAAAGAAAGGAAGGGAGAAGGGAUUAAGGGAGAAAAGCGGAAAUGAAGCAAAGGGGAAAUGGAGAAAAAGCCAAAGAGAGAAAGAGAGAAACACAGAAAAAGAGAAGAAACAAAGGAUGAAAGAGAGAAAAGGAGGAAGUGAGAAAGAAAGGAAAGAAGAAAGUGAGAAUGGAGGACGGGGGAAGGAGAGACAGGAAGAAAAGUGGAACGGGAGAAAGAGAGAAAAAAAUAGGGAAAUGAAAGCAAGCUGA